AUGAUCCACAUUAUAGAUGAAUAUCAUGAAGAAAUUAGACAAAGUGGGAAAUUUCCUCUUUUUUCCAACUCUUUGGAGUUGAGGUUCCAAAAAUAGUGAGUGAGUUAGUGUCCUCUUUCAUAUGCAGGGUAUCCUGAAAGUUAAGACCUAUACGUUCUGUAAAGGAAAGUCUCAAUUCUAGGGAUACCCUGUAUAGAGACCCCAUCCCUUGAUAAGUUCUGAAAAUGUUAAAUAAAUUGUUUUGGGCGUAGACUUUCAAGUAGAUCCAUUCAACGAAAAAAAGUGUCACACAUACGCCAUUCUUUAUUUCGCGCCCUAAGGGGACGAAUUUGCAAAACUCCCUUGGCUAACCUACUUAAUUUGAAGUUUAACGUUCAAUGGUUUCAGCUCUGCGUUGAUAUGACAGUCAGUACUACUAUUCGUCAUUUAUUUGUCUGGGCGGUCCGUAGGACCUUUGCCCAUUAGUCACUGUCUGAUGUACGUUAGUCGAAUCUGUCAGUCCUGGUUGCCCAGAAACCAGACAAAGUCGAAGAAAAAGAGAAAGGGAAAGAGAAGAAAAAAGGAGAAGAGCAAAGAAAAACAGAUAUGCUUAGUUUAAGAGGAAACACCUAGGCUUUUUGACUUGGUACACGGAUUAAUUUUGAGGUGAACUAAACAAAUUUUUGAUUCGGUUUUGUUAGAGUGUAAUUUUGAGUUUACUAAAGAUUCACGCUAACUUUUGAUUACAGUGCGAGCCGUGGCCUUGAAUGUUUACGAACUUGCUCCAGUGUGUAGUCCACUGAGUCACGCAACAGAGGGUUGCUGUGCGAUUUCGCUUGACUAUAACGUCGCUGCGCCUGAAGCUUGACCCUCAGGUAAGGAAUGUCAAGGUCUCUGUGUAGUGUCUCAUUUGAGACAUACCAUGGAGCGUUGCAAAUUGUCCGCAAAGUUCUGCUUUGCAGUACUUGAAGACUUUGCAUGUGUGUCUUGGCAAGAAAACACCAAGCUGCACAUGCAUAAGUAAUGGCUGGUCUAAUAAUCAUUUUAUAUAGUCGAACUUUGUUUAUCAAACUCAAUUUGGAGGAUCUACAUAACGAAGGAUAUAGUUGCCGAAACGCAAUUUGGAAUUUUGUUUUUAUGGAUGCUGUAUGUUUCUGCCAGGUCAUGCCUUUAUCAAGGCUGACACAGAGAUACUUGGCAGAUUUUGUCCAUGGUACACGAUUUCCGUCUACAGAAACCUCUGCUGGGGGGCCGCGACGUUUUUUGGUACAAUAAAUAGCCUGCGUUUUCGAAUGAUUAAUUUUUAUCAGCCACCGUUCUGCCCACUCUAGAACUUCAUCCACCGCAUUCUGCAACCCAUCGUGAACCAGAUCACCAGUACACGACUGGGCGACAAGUGCAGGGUCGUCAGCAUAGAGGUAGACUUCACAGUUGCUGGGGGAAGGGACAUCAUGGAUGGAGAGCGAAUAAAGAAUUGGCCCUAGGACCGAACCCUGAGGAACACCGGCCCGUACUGGCCGUGUUUUUGACAAAACAUUGUUAAUUUUGAUCCGAAACUUCCUUCCUUCAAGAAAGGAUUUCAGUAAUUUUAGAAGCCAAAAAGGAAAACCCUUUUGAUUAGUUUAUAGAGGAGGCCCGCGUGCCACACCUUGUCAAAGGCUUUUGAGACAUCCAAAAGCAAGAUGCCAGUACUCAUGCUAAGGGUGAACCCUCUGGUUACAUGCUCCACCAGCCUGACUGCCUGUAGCUCGGUGCUAUGCUCGGACCGAAAACCGAAUUGGACGUCAGGAAUCAUAUGGUGAUUUGACGAAAAAUUCUCAAGGUGACGAUAAAUCACCUUUUCGGUGAGCUUAGAAGGAGCUGACAGCAGACCUAUGGGACGGUAAUCCUGAGAAAAUAUCGAACCCACCUUCUUUGGAAUCAUGAUGACCUCAGCAGUCUUCCACCCAGCAGGGAAGUACUGGAUUUUGAGCGUCGCAUUGAUUAUUGUCACCAAGUAUGUCAGGGCUUUCGGCGAGAGCAGCUUCAACGCCUUGUUGGUGAUUUGAUCCUCCCCAGGUGCUUUACGCACCUUGAGGUCUUUAAUAUGACUUAGUAACUCCGCUGGUGUGCAAUGUGGAAACUCGGAGGGUUCCGCUAAUGUGCUAUGUGGAGCCUCAGACGAAUCUUCUGAAGAAGAGCCAUCUGAAGAGGAUUCAGUGCCUCCGCUGACGCCGUUGGCCCUAAAAUAUCUCCUGACGGAUCGUACGAUGUGCUGUUCCUCGUCGAGGUCAUUAAUGACAGUCAGUGUCUUCUUUUGAGAUGAUUACAAAAAUAUUCCUCUCUACAGAUUACAAGAAGUGUAACCCAAAAUCCUCUGAGAAAUGUAAAAGUAAGUAGGAGAGCUAGGUCAACCAGACUGCUGUAGCCAGCAAGACUAAAGCGAAGCAUAAGUGUGACUCUUCUAUUCUUGUAGUGAACCAAACCUUGAAGACGUUUGUCUUUUUGGAAUUUGGGAAGGCCUUAGCUUGUCCUAGUAUAUCCAAAAUGAGUCUCAUUGGUUAGACGCGCAUUCAUACUCCUAAUGAACGUCAGCCUUAUUACGUAAAAUAACUGCACUAGAAACUGUUGCAUGCUGCGAAGCCAUGAAGUUGUUUCACGUCUCGGUUGAGGUGAACUCACAGCUUUACAUGAAAUCGUGUCUUUCUGAAUAAAUC